AUGCAGGACGUAACACCCAAAACACCCGCUGGUGCCCCCGCCUCUGGGGACCCAGCCCCAACUGAGGCCCCACAGCAGGUUGACCCUGAAGUCCCCUGCAGUGGUGGCCCAACCACAAUUGAAGCCCCAGACCAGCUGCCCAACGCCUGGUCAAAACUGGGAGUCAAACCUGAACUCCCAGAGGGUGGGCUUCAAAAGACUGAGCAAUCAAGCAUUGCUCAGAGCCCAAGCCUUGACCCAGAGGACUGGCCAAGGCUUGGCCAACAACAGACGAGGGAGAUGAGGAACGAUCCACCACAGAGACCUGCUGCCCAAUCCACCGGUGGGAAGACGCUGUGGAAAAAGUUUGAGCUCCAGGAUGACGCCAUCCAGGAGACUACUCAAACUGAGAAGACUCCUGGGAAGAAGAGAAGGCGCAGGAAGAAACCUGCUGCCAAAUGCAGCGAUGAAACCCAGCUGCCAUCUCAGGAGACAGAAGGUGAGGUGGAAAUCCCCAAUGCCUGGGGCCCGGUCCCAAGCCCUGAUCAAGCCUCAAGCCUCGAGCCUGAGGAUUGGCCAAGUCUUGGAGCCGAGGCUAAGACCACUCCAUCCAGUAUGGGGACAGACACCCCCCCACAGCAGAGGCCAGCUGCCCAAUCCACCGGCAAGAAGACGCUGUGGAAAAAGUUUGAGGAGCUCCAGGACGACACCAUUCAGGAGACUCCUGAAACUGAGAGGACUCCUGAGAAGGAGAGCAGCAGGCAGACACCCGCUGUCAAAUGCAGCGAUGAAACCCAGCUGCAGUCUCAGGAGAAAGAAGGUGAGGUGGAAAUCCCCAAUGCCUGGGGCCCGGUCCCAAGCACUGGUCAAGCCUCAAGCCUCGAGCCUGAGGAUUGGCCAAGUCUUGGAGCCGAGGCUGAAACCAGUCAAUCCAGGAUGGGGACGAGACACCCCCCACAGCAGAGGCCAGCCGCCCAAUCCAGCAGGAAGAAAACGCUCUGGAAAAAGUUUGAGCAGCAGGACACACACCAGGAGAUUCACCAAACUGAAUCACCCCAGAAAAAGUGCAGCAAAGUACCACCGCUGCAAGCUGAGGUGAAAGGUGAAAUCCCCAAUGCCUGGGUCAAACCCCCACGCAUUAAGGUUGAGGUGAAAGCUGGAGCCAAGCCCAAGCAGCCCCAGGAUAAACAGCUGCAGGCUGCGAAACCCCAGGACUGUGCAGUUAAACACAGUCAGGGCCAAACUUCGCAGCCUGCCCUGGUGGUCAAGGCUGUGCCCCCCACACAGCUUGACAAGGCUGCACCAGAAAACCCUGCACAGCUCCAGCUUCAGUGUCAGCUGCAGACAGUCGUCAGCCAGGCAGAACAGCAGGCAGACAGGUUCAAGGCCCUUGAGGAGGAGAAAUCGGCCCUUCACCAGGAAAUGAAGGAGCUCGAACUGAUCCUUCAAGAAAAGGCGCCAAGCACCACUGCCUCAUGCAAAACUGAGGGAACCACCCAAGACCUCAGGCUUGAGCUGAACGAGGAUGUGAGCGAAGGUCCUUCAGUGCCUAAAUCAGAGGAGGUACAGGACACUCUCCACAAAGAGGAAGAACAAGCCAGGACUCUGCAGGGGGAGGUCCUGGAUGGAGAGGUCCAGACAACAGCCACUCUGACCAGCACAAAGCAAAAGCUGGAGAUCCAACUUGAGCAGGCACAGGAGGAGAGGCUCUCCCUCCUUCAGGCCAAAAACAAUGCUCAGCAGGCACUGGAGGAAAAAGAGCAAGAGUGGGCGAAGAAGGAGGCCAUCAUGAAAGAGAGGAUCGCCCAGCUGGAGAGGGACAGCACCCAGGCUAAAAAGUCCAAGAGGCCGGGGCUGUGGAAAAGACUAUUUGGAGCCUCCACCCAGAAAGAGGGAAAAAAAGAGGCCGACUCUCCACCCAAGGGAAAGUCCAAGAAGCCGAGCCUGUGGCGAAGACUGUUCUGCAUCUCCACCCAGCAGGACGACUGA